UAUAAAUGGUGCGUAUUUUAGAUAAUAUCUGUGACAAAAUGUAUAAUUUGUAAGGCAAAAAUUAUUUGAUAAUUUUUUUUAUCGAUUUACUGAACGUGAUAUUCAACGAGAGGAAAAAUUAUAAUUAUAAAGAUGGCUUAUGAUAUUGAGGAAAAUAUAAUGGAGUUAAUAGCGAAGCCUCCUAUUGAAAUAGAAGAACCACCGAUGUACGUAUCUAAAUUUCGUAAUUCUGUUAAAAGAGCAUCUAUCCGUGAUAAAAGUGCUCAUAAAACUCUUGGUGUACCUAGAGUAUCAUUAAAUUCACCGCAAGAAUUUCUACGAAAACAUUCACGUAAUGAAAUAAAGCAUUCUGAUAUUAAGCAUAAACAUUAUCAUAUACCAAACUAUCAGCACAAAUUGCCUGAGUGGAAACCACAGAAAUUAACGAAUAAUUCAGAUAAAAUACCUAGAAAUACAGUAGAUUCAGGAAAGAAUUUUAAACGAGAUAAUAUUGUUAAAGUUAAAAAUGCACAAGCUAAAAAACCAAUAUUGUAUUACGUUGAUGAUCGGCUGGGCAAUUCUUUUCCCCGCAAACCUAAUGGUAGCUUCUCUGUAAAUCCAAAUAUGGAAAAUGAAAAUCCACUGUACUAUUUCGAAAAAAAUCGUCAGAAUGAAAAAACAAGAAAAAAGUUAUUAGAAAAAUUUAUGAAAAGUAAUAAAAAUUCGACAGAUCAAUCAUCCGCGAAGAGUAAAACAUCAUCAGAGCAUGACCGGUUAGAAAGUACAGAAAAUGACAAAAAAUUAUCCAAGAAACAUACUAAGAAAGAACAAAGUUGCCUUUAUGUUACUGAAGAGGAACGUGCUCAGCUUCUUUUAGGUAUGAAAAAAAGAUGGGAAGAUAUGAUGAAACAAUUUCAGAGCCUUCCAUUUCUCACUGACACACCACCAAAAGCAAAAAGAAAAGCAAAAAUGGAGCAAGAUUUGAAACAAUUGGAAAAAGAUAUAGAUAUGAUAGAACGCUAUCCUCAUAUUUACGUUUACAACGAUAAUGAUGAUUAAAAAAUUAUAUUAUUCAGUACAUUUUAUAAAAUAAUGAUUUAUACAAAUGAUUAACGAUCGUUAUAGAAAUUUUAAAAUUAGUAAACUAAAUUAAAGAGCUAGAA